AACCCGGAAGUGUGUAGCAGGGAAUGCUCUUGAUCGUCGUUGCUACCUUGGACCGUCUGGCGUCAACAGAAGCAGCAUCUGAGAAGAGAAUAACCUAAUGAUGGAAGAAUUUGAAGAUGUUGAUGCUCCUCCUGCUGAGGAUCGGACCCAGUGCAAAAUCUGCAAAAGGUUUUUCUUUCCCAAAGUCUUGGAAAAGCAUGCAAAAAUUUGCCAAAAGGCAGCAACUAAAAGGAGAAAGGUUUUCGAUUCGAGCCGACAGAGAGCCGAGGGAACAGACAUCUCCACGUUAAAACCGAUCAAACCAAAGUCUCAAAGCUCAGCUGCCUCACAGAAAGCAGAGCCUCCUAAGAAGCCCUCCAAUUGGCGCAAGAAGCAUGAGGACUUUAUUGCCACCAUUCGAGCUGCCAAGGCCGCCACUCAGGUAGUGAAGGAUGGGGGGCCGCUACCUCCACCUCCUCCUCCAUCUUACGAUCCAGAUUACAUCCAGUGCCCGUGCUGUCAGCGGAGGUUCAAUCAGAAUGCGGCUGACAGACACAUCAAAUUCUGCCAGGAGCAAGCCGCCCGCAUGCCCAAUAAAAACAAGUCAGGAGAUGCCAAGAAGCCUCCGAGUCGCACACAGGUUAAACCUCCUGGUCCUGUAAAGAAAGCAAACUCUCCUGCUGCAUCAGCAAUCCCCUCAGCCUCUUCCCGUUUACCCCAGAGAUCAGGUCUGGGACAGAGCACUGGAAUCCCAUCAAGUAAGGCUAACACAGCAGGCACAGUCAGAGCGAAUCCCUCUGGACUCUGCAGCCCACCAUCCAGUGUGGGAAGUAAGAGCCGAGUUGGAAGUGGAGGCUACGGAUGUGUGAAGAACUCUCCUUCUGGAAUAGGAGCCAACAAAAAGAAAGCUGACACCUACACAUCUAGGAAUGACGUCGUCUGUGGAAAUGACCCUGGAAACGGUGGACUGAAGAGCAAAUUCUGCCACGCCUGUGGAACCCAGUACCCUGUUGAAUCGGCCAAAUUUUGCUGUGAAUGUGGGGUCCGGAGGAUGUGUAUCUGAUGGAGGUCAAAAGUCAGAGAAGGGAGAGGAAAGUCGGGAUGCACCUGUGCUCAAUUUGCAGUUAGGAAUAUCACCAAAGCUGAUAAACAAUGA